CAAGUCCCUCACUAAUCCCCGCCUAUCCUUUUUAUCACAGGAUUCAGAGCAGGCGGCGCAGUAUGGAGCUGUGAGCCUGCACAACACCGCGAUGCAUCCGAUGUCCCGUUAGACCGAGCUGCAGCGCCUGUUGUCUUUCACUGUAGUUUUAGCCGCAUAGCUUUUAGUAGCUUGGAGAAAAAAUGAAUCGACAUUUUGCUGCUGCCUUUUGUUUGGCUUUAGUUUUUCUUCCUCUGCUGAGCACUUCAUGUCCUGCACAAUGCAGCUGCUUCUUCCACAAAUUAAGUGACGGAUCAAAAGCGAGGAGUGUACUUUGCAAUGAUCCAGAGAUCACUGUGAUUCCUCCGAAUUUUCCUACUGACACAUCCAAGCUGCGCAUUGAAAAAACAGCAAUCACGCGGAUUUCAACCGACAACUUCCACUACCUCAACAGCCUGGAGUUUCUGUGGAUGUCUUUCAAUUCACUGAAUUCGCUGAGUGUCGACAGUUUCCGGGGUCUUUACAACCUGGAUGAGCUCAGGUUGGACGGCAACGCUCUCACCUCCUUUCCCUGGGAGUCUCUGACUGACAUGCCAAACCUGAGGCUCCUCGACUUACACAACAACAAAAUCUCCAGCAUCCCCACUGAAGCCACCAUGUACAUAAAGAACGUCACCUAUCUGGACUUAUCCAGCAACAGUCUGACAACUGUUCCUGCUGACGUCCUCACAAUGUGGCUGAGUGUAAAGCCAUCGCAGGACACCGAUUCCUCCAAACUUAUUCUCGGUCUGCAUGACAACCCGUGGCUGUGUGACUGCCGGCUGUAUGAUUUGGUGCAGUUUCAGAAAACCCCAUCAUCAUCUGUGGCUCUUAUCGACACCAGGCUGAGGUGCGCUGAUCCGGAGAGCCUGUCAGGGGUUCUUUUCACUGAAGCAGAGCUGCAGAGGUGUCAGGGCCCUCGGGUCCACACGGCCGUGGCUCGUGUACGAAGCUCACUGGGCAACAACGUCCUGCUUCGCUGUGGCACAGUUGGAGUCCCUAUCCCUGAGCUGUCCUGGAGUCGUGCUGAUGGCAAGAGAAUGAAUGGCACCGUCCAGGAAGAGAUUUCAAAGGAGGGCAUAAUUUGGUCAAUUUUGAGUGUGCCUGCAGUCUCCUACCGAGAUUCUGGGAAAUAUGUCUGCAAAGCAACCAACUUCGUGGGCACAGCAGAUGCCAUAAUCUCUUUGGUGAUCACAGAUUCCUUUCGGUCUGAGGAAGCAGGUGUAGGUGUUUCUAAGAGAACCAGAGGGAAGAAACCGGGUGGCAUUGGAAGAGCGGCAUACCAGGAGAAGCUUAUUGCCAGAUAUGUUCCUCCGCCAACCACCACUGCCGGCCAGCCCAUCAUUGAACCUCUAAAUGGUAAAGGUGUGACUGGAAAGUAUGAGAUCGAGAGCUACAGCAUCUCUAAUGAUGCCUCUCAGGGACGAGGCAAGGUGUCAGACCCUCAGAAGCCAUCGGAGGUGGGGCAGGAUGCUCUGAGUAACUUAGCAGCCAACGCUUCAUCCUUACAGCAAGCACCAGAGAAAAGAGUAGUGCGUUCGGUAAAGGUGAUUGGCGACACCGACCACACUGUUUCUCUGAACUGGCGAGCCCCUACAGCCACAAACACCACAGAAUUCAGCGUCCUGUAUGCCAUAUUUGGCGAGAGAGACAUGCGUCGGAUCAAUGUAGGUGCUGGAAAGAACCGGAUCACCAUUGAUGGCCUUGUACCAAAGACAAAGUACAUUGCUUGUGUUUGCGUCAAAGGCCUGAUCCCAAAAAAGGAGCAGUGUGUAAUCUUCUCAACAGAUGAGGCAGCCAGUGCUAGUGGAACUCAGAAGCUCAUUAAUGUGGUGGUGAUAACAGUUGCAUGUGUGAUUGCUGUCCCUCUGACACUGAUUGUGUGCUGUGGGGCUCUAAAGAAGCGCUGCCAAAAGCUGCUUGGUCGGCAGUCCAAGGAAAUGCAGGACUCGUACGUCACGUUUGAGACCCUUGGCCCUGGGGGAAAAGCUAAAGGGAUGGAGGGCGAAUAUCUGACCAGACUAAAUCCUGACGAAUCCAACAGGCUGCUUUCAGCAAGGUCUAGUGUUGACUCGGAGGCCACAGCUAGGACUGAGGGGGCACCUAACGAGUACUUUUGCUAAAACCAAAUGAACCUCUAAAGGAUGCACUUUGUUUUCGAAGGGCCUGUGAUGUGACCAGAUACACCACCGUGCUCAGAGACUCAAACGACUCCUCUUUUGGGGGUAGGUCGUCUGAGUUGACAUGGACAGCUCUGUCAGCACUGGAUGUAUGAAAAUGUUUUACAGCCUUGUGGGAAUAAAAACCACCAUUUAACUGGUGGACAGCAAAAAGGGAAAAUAUACACAGUGACACAGUUUCGAUAUUUGCAUGUGGUGUAAAUGUGUAAAAAGAACUUUUUUAAAAUAAAAUUCAUCAUGCACUUUUAAAUAUGACGUUUUGCAGAAGAAAAUGUCUUGAAAUGUUGUCCUAAACUGUCUAAAUCCCAGUUGUUUUAAUUUUUUCCGAGAUGUAACAUCUGCAUUGUGUUAAAUCUUUAUUUAUAUUAUUUAGUGAAAAGAUGAACUGGCAGUUAAUGGUCUAUUUUGUAUGUAUGAUGUUAAUGUGCCAGGUUUACUGUUGGGUCAAAAACCUAAAAUACAGUAUUUUAUAAUGUGUAAAUAUUUGUGACCUAUGUGUAUGUAUGGACGUACUGUAUAUAAAUAAAUAUUUUUUACAUUACAUGU